AUGUAUACCAUCUCAAAUAUUUACGUCCUCGCUGCCUUUGGCACGAUUGGCGGUGCUCUCUUCGGCUUCGAUGUUUCUUCCAUGAGUGCAUGGAUUGGCCAGGACCAGUACCUCGACUACUUCAAUCACCCUGACUCGAACUUGCAGGGAGGCAUCACUGCUUCCAUGUCUGGUGGUUCUUUCCUGGGUGCUCUUGCUGCUGGGGCCAUUUGUGAUGCUAUCGGUCGUCGCAGAUCUUUGAUGCUGGCAUCUGUGAUCUGGAUUAUCGGAGCGGCCAUUCAGUGCAGCUCUCAGAACGUCGCCCAAUUGAUUGUGGGUCGUCUCGUCAGUGGUCUUGCUGUUGGUAUCACAUCUUCUCAAGUCUGUGUAUAUCUCGCUGAACUUGCACCUGCCCGCAUUCGUGGACGCAUCGUAGGAAUUCAGCAAUGGGCUAUCGAAUGGGGUAUCCUCAUCAUGUUCUUGAUCGCCUACGGCUGCGCCAAGGGAGUCAGUGGUCCGUCAGCCUUCCGUAUCGCUUGGGGCAUUCAAGGUAUCCCUGCAUUCAUUCUUCUCGGAUCUCUGUUCUUUUUCCCUGAAUCGCCCAGAUGGCUUGGAUCUAAGGGACGUUGGCAAGAAGUUGAGAACACUCUCGCCCUCCUCCACGCCAAAGGCAACCUUGACGACCCAGCUGUGCAGGCUGAACUGAUGGAGAUUCGCGAAGCCGUCGCUGCAUCUCAAAACACUGAGGGAGUUACCUUCUUCGGAUUGUUCAGCAAGAACAUGUGGAGAAGAACCAUGUGUGGCACCACAGUUCAGAUGUGGCAACAGCUGCUCGGAGGCAACGUCGCCAUGUACUACAUCGUCUACGUCUUCGAAAUGGCUGGCCUCGGCGAUCAAACCCUCACCUCGUCUAUCAUUCAAUACGUCAUUUUCCUUGUCACCACUGGUGUCAUCUUGCCCUACAUUGACAGAAUUCCUCGUCGUCUGCUUCUCUUGACCGGAUCCAUCGUCUGCUGUAUCUGCCACUUCACCAUUGCUGGACUUAUGGCUAGCUACGGGCACCAUGUGGAAUCUAUCGAUGGUAACGAUAUCCUCAAGUGGAAGGUUGACAACAACACUGCAGCCAAGGGUAUCAUCGCCGUCAGUUACAUCUUCGUUGGCUUCUAUGGAUUCACUUGGGCUCCCUGUGGCUGGAUCUACAGCUCCGAGGUCUUCCCUCUCAAGUAUCGUGCUCAGGGAGUCGGUCUUUCUGCUGCCACCAACUGGAUCUUCAACUUUGCUCUUGCAUACUUUGUUGCUCCUGCCUUCACUAACAUCCAGUGGAGAACUUACAUCAUCUUCGGCGUUUUUUGCUUCGCCAUGACCUUCCACAUCUUCUUCACCUAUCCAGAAUCCCACGGAAAAACUCUGGAGGAGAUCGACAUGAUCUUCGAGUCUCAUAUCCCUCCAUGGAAGAGCAACCAAGUCAAGAGCCGCUUCGACGAACGAGUCGAGACUGCUGUCCGCAAGGGCUCUAUCACUGAGCACAUCGAGAACGAAGCCGACAAGAAGAGCUCUGACUUUGCUGUCCAGAAGGAGACUGUUUAG